AUGAAGCUCUCUCUCGGGAAAUUUGGACUGAAGCAUUGCGACCUACCGACAAUGUUCUCCAAUGUCGCAUUUUUAUUACGAUUUGUAACCAUCAACAUCGACAAGCACUUUAAAAAACGUAUACCAUUCGUGAACUACAUUAUCAUGACCAUAGCUGCUGUAUGCUAUAUAUACAUAUAUAUAUUCUCCAUGUUCUGGUUCGUGUUCGUCCGCUGCAGACAGACGGGUGACUUCACAGCGGCAGCUGUAGUCUUCUCGCUCGGAACUAAUAGUGAGACUUGGGCCACAAAGUUGCUAUUCAUGAUCAUUUACAAGAGAACAAUACAAGACAUAGUACAGAGAUAUCUGGAUUGUGAUCGGAAAGUGGAACCAGGAACUCGAUUCAAUAAUAACUUGCAAAAGAGACUUAUUAAGAUUAAGAAAAGGGCAAUGAUUGUGUGGGUUUUCCUAAUGACGACGGGUUUAUCCUACUCUUUACUACCUUUGGUUUUACCAGGGCGACACUUUGCCGAGGACUUGUAUGUCGUUUAUGGCUUAGAACCAAUGUUUGAAUCACCUAACUACGAAAUAGCAUUAAUAUCCGAGACGAUAACCAUCAUCGUGGGAACUUAUACUUUAGCUAGUGUAUCUGCAUUUAUUCUUAUAAUAAUCGGAUAUAUCGAGGCUCAAAUGCUUGCCCUUAGCGACGAAAUACUGAACCUUUGGGAUGAUUCUGAAGAAUAUUACCAUAACACUAAAACAUCUAUCGCAAAUAAUUCUACGACACAAGAAGAAGAGUUAAAAAUGAAAAUUAUUAAUGGACACAUUGCAAAUCGCUUAAAACAAAUUAUUCCUUUCCAUAUAUCUAAUAUUAAUCUUCUGAAUGACUUUGAAACACUAUUUAGAGUCACCAUGGCGGUGGAAUUUGCGCUUAUGAUUAUCGGUAUAGUUGCUGAACUAUUAGGACGUAUUGAGAACACUUUUAUGGAACUACCUUACACGUUAAUUCAAGUUUAUGUUGACUGUUUUAUAGGUCAACGGUUGAUAGAUGCCAGUUGUGUUUUCGAAAAUGCUGUAUACGAUUGCAAAUGGGAAAAUUUCAACAAAUCAAAUAUGAAAACAAUUUUGUUAAUACUGCAAAAUGCACAGAAACCACUGAAGCUCACCGCUGGAGGAUUGACCACGCUCGAUUUUGUCUGUCUUAUGUCUUUUAUCAAAUCCACGUAUUCAUUUUACACUACGCUGCAAUCGACUGUUAGUUAA